AUGAGUUUGAAAGAAGGACAGUGCGAAGAACUUAAAGCUGCCCGGUUCUACCAUGGCCACCGCUCUGAUGCAUUCUACAUCCAGAGCAAUGAUGAGCCUGAGUUGCUUGAGCUGCGCGCGCGACAGCGGACAUUCGACGGCGCAUAUGCUAGGGGCGCACUCGCCGACCUGGGCUACUCCUUAACCAUCCUGCGCCUCUUCGACAGGCGCUUCGCACAAAUCGGCAUCGUGUACGCCAUCCUGUCCGCGCUCCUCUACGUCAUUUCCUAUUGGCGGCACCGUCAAUCGCGCCACGACUUCGCCGACCACCACAAGGGGCGUACGUGGGAACGCUCCAUACCGACCGUUGGGCAGUCCGGCAAGCGCGUGUUUGGUCGCCCGUUCAUUACUGCAGGCUGGGUUGUUGUGUCUGUGACUACCGUUGUCGGACUUGCCGAGAUUGCCUUGCUAGUCAUGAUUUUCAAAAUGGACUUAUCGGUGCUAGCUGCUGAGCAAGGUAUCAUGUGA